AUGCCCAAAAAGGCCAAAUACACUCAUAAUAUACUGAGGUAUGAGAUGGCAAGAUUGGAUAGAAUGAGGCAAAACCAAGAGAGAAUUGAUGCUUUGGGAUUGAAGCACAUCUUAACUUCUCUAAAGAAUUCUGCUCAGUCCAAUUAUGCAAAAGGGAAAAGAAAUAAAGCUAGUGUUGUGGUAGAUGAUGAUUAUGUACCACCUAUUGGUGACGAUGACAAUGAUGAUGAGUCAUCUAAUUCUUUAAUCCAUAAGACAAAUAAUAAUGGCGGUCAAGUUCCUGAAUUGGCAAAAAUCUUCAAAGAUGUUCAUUUCAAUCCAAAUACAAAUAUGUGGAUACACCAUGAGGAUGAAGCAACAUAUGAAAGUAUUCUCAAAGUGCAAGAGGAUCAUUGUCAAGAUCCUAAUGCAAUUCCCCUUACACAAGAGGAGAUCUCAAAUUUAGUUUUUAAGAAGUCUGGUAUUGUAAAAGGACUUGGCAUGAGACUUUCCUCUUCUCUAGUAACCACCGCCUCAUCUAGUUCCUUGGUGGAGUAUAUCCAACAGCUAGAAAAUGAGAUAAUUAAGCUCAAAGAGGCAAGAGCUAGGGACCAAGAGGCGCGAGCUAAGCAAGAAGAGGUCCAAAAGAAUAUUCUUAACUUUUUGAGGAGUAAGGGUUAUGAUGACGCUCUUACCUAUGGGGGUGGUUCAUCUUCAAGUUAA